AUGGGCCCAGAGGACGACCCGGAGGCCUUCUUGGUCACUUUUGAGCGGGUGGCCCUCGUGGCGGGAUGGGCAAGAGACCAGUGGGCCACCUUGCUGGCCCCCUAUUUGACCGGGACGGCCCAAGCAGCCUACCGGGGGCUGGCGACCGAAGAAGCCCGCGACUACGACCGCGUGAAGGCUGCAGUCCUCGACGCUUUGGACAUUAGCCCGGAGACGUUUAGGCAGCGGUUCAGGCGACAUACCUACCCGGCGGGAGCCCGUCCCCGGAUGGUGGCCCAGACCCUGAAGGAGGCCUGCCGUAGGUGGCUGCAGCCAGACGUCAGGACGGCAGAGGAGGUCACCGAGCAGGUGGUGUUGGAGCAGUUUGUUCACACCCUGCCGGCCAAAGGCCGGGCCUGGGUACUCCGCCACCGACCGACGACCUUAGCAGACGCCGUCGCGCUCAUGGAGGGUUUCCUGGCGGCUGAAGCCUCGAUAGGGCCCACCUUCCGGCCACCUACCUCGGGUCCCGAACGACCCCGGGAUGAGAAAAGGGCGUCGAACAUGCCCCACCCACGAGGCCCAGACCACGGGCCGGGACCCCGACAGGAAACCCCGACUCCACGCUGGGAAGCAGCUCCCCGGCUGACUACCCCAGCCUUCCCCCAGGGAGUGCCCAAGGUCCGGCGGAGCCCCCCCCGAAGUACCAGAACAAGCCUUCCCCGGAGUGGACGCCCUGAGCUCGGUCCAUGCUUUAGAUGUGGGAAAGCAGGCCACGUACAACGAGACUGUCCCGAGAUGGAUUGCAGUUUCGGGCAGGUUUACGUAGGGGCCGGCCGGGCCCGCCGGGCGGAGGCCCCCAAGCUGAUAAUCCCGGUGACGGUUGAGAACCAGACCACACAGGCCCUGAUCGAUUCAGGGUGCGGCCAGACCUUGGUCCGCCAAACUCUGGGACCACCGGCCGACCCCCGUCUGACGCCGAUACAAUUGCAGUGCAUCCAUGGGGAUGUCCGACCUUACCCGAGUGCCUGGGCCCAGCUAACGGUGGGAGGCAUUACCCGGCGGGUAGUCGUCGGCCUGGCACCCGGCCUGGCCUAUCCGGUGAUUCUGGGGCGAGAUUGGCCCUCAUUUGAAGAGGUCCUCCGGGCAACGCCGGGGUUGGCUGCUGAACCCCGGGGACCUCCGCCUGAGGCGGGGCAGACUGAUGAGGAGAGUGAGGGAGAAGACCAAGAAGGUCAGGGGCCGCCGGGGCCAGCUCCCACAGAACCUCGCUUCGAUACGGACUUUUGCCGCGACCAACGGUCGGACCCGACACUUAGCCGGGCCUACGACCAACUUGCGGCCGUCGACGGCUCCAUAGUGGACUCUCGUCGGGCCACGCAGUGGCCCCAUUUCGAGUUGCGACGGGAUCGGCUCUACCGCAUCGUCCGAGACGGGGAACCUGUGACGCAAUUGCUGGUACCCGUUGUCACCGCAGGGCCGUGA